AUGUCAAAUUUAAUACCAAUUUCUGAGUUAAAUGAACUAUCAUACGAAGAAUUUAUUAAUAAAAUCAAUAUAUUAUUUGAAACAGCUUUACCAUUAGCAAAUGCAUUAUAUUCUUCUCGCCCAUUCGCAUCUUAUACUUCUUUAAUUUCUUCAGCGACAGAAUUUAUUCAAAAUCCUGAAUUACCAUUUUCACAAAAACUUGAAAUAAUUAAUGCACAUCCACGCUUAGGUGAAAAUAAAAAAAAUCUUUCUUCAUUAUCUUUAAAGGAACAAGGUUAUUCAACAAAUAAUGAUUUAAGUCAAAAUGAAUCAAAUACCGUAAAUGAAGAUGAAAUUGUUAAUACAAUACUACAGGAAUUAAAUUAUAAAUACGAAGAAAAGUUUGGUUUUCGGUUUGUUAUUUUUGUUAAUGGUAGAUCAAGAAAAGAAAUCAUUCCUAUAUUACAAGAUAAAUUAGAGAAUGGAAAUCGAGAUGAUGAAUUAAAAAGAGGUUUAUUAGAUAUGAUGAAUAUUGCCAAUGAUAGAUUAAGACGUUGCCAGAAUUAG